UGACCACAUGCAUCACCCUAUGUGAAGCGCUUAUGCUCGUGCCGUCACGAGUCGGUGAAGAAAAGUGAAGAAAUAGCAUAUACACAAAACAGUGUGCAUCAAAGGUCUCCCGGCGGCCAAUGGUUGCUUUGAUUCGUGAAUGUCCUUUUGUGAGAAGCGCGAGAGCGAGUGAAAGAGCGAGCGAGAAAGUGAAAAUUGGUGCGCGAGUGUGUGUUGGUGGUUAGUGUUGUGUUUAACACGUGCGUUAUUGAUGGUGUGCGUGUUUACUAGUUAAUUCACUGAAACCAGCAGCAGCAGCAGAAAACGUCGGAAGUGUCACAAAAAUUGAAAAAUCCAGUGUAUCCGUGUAACGCGCGUCCUUUAAGCGGGUAGUGUGGAAAUCUAUCGUACGUAGUGUCCCGGAAAGCCAGCCCGGAAAAUGGGAAACAUACACACCGUUGGACCUAACGAGGCCCUCAUCGUAUCAGGUGGAUGCUGUGGCUCGACAAAAAAGCGCACGAUUGUCGGUGGUUGGGCAUGGGCCUGGUGGUUAGUGACCGACGUUCAGCGGCUCUCGCUCGAAGUGAUGACCCUGAAUCCGAUGUGCGAAAUGGUCGAAACGGCACAGGGUGUCCCGUUGACCGUGACCGGUGUUGCACAGUGCAAAAUCAUGAAGAUGAUGAACGUCUAUUAUUUUCACCAUCAGGCCGACGAGCUGCUUGGUACGGCGAGCGAACAAUUUCUGGGCAAAUCGGUCAAUGAGAUCAAGAUGACAAUCCUGCAAACGCUCGAAGGUCAUUUGCGAGCCAUUCUCGGAACGCUUACAGUCGAGGAGGUGUACAAAGACCGCGAUCAGUUCGCAGCGUUGGUGCGCGAGGUCGCGGCCCCUGACGUCGGCAGGAUGGGCAUCGAGAUACUGUCCUUUACGAUCAAGGACGUGUACGACGAUGUCCAGUACCUGCAGUCGCUCGGUAAGGCACAGACGGCGAGCGUGAAGCGUGAUGCUGAUGCGGGCGUUGCCGAAGCCAACCGUGACGCUGGCAUACGGGAAGCGGAAUGCGAAAAGAGCGCAAUGGACGUAAAGUACUCAACGGACACGAAGAUCGAGGAUAACGCACGCAUGUACAAGCUGCAGAAGGCAAACUUUGAUCAGGAAAUUAACACUGCGGUAAGAAACCGGUCGACCGAUAAGCUUAAAACAGGACACCUUAUGCACUUCCGGUGUUUUUUUUUUUCUCGUCCGUUACAUUCACAGAAAGCUGAAUCGCAACUCGCGUACGAACUGCAGGCAGCCAAGAUCCGCCAGCGCAUCCGUAACGAGGAAAUUCAGAUCGAUAUUGUCGAGCGCCGCAAGCAGAUCGAGAUCGAAACGCAGGAAAUCAAUCGAAAGGAUUGCGAGCUGUCCGCGACCGUAAAGCUGCCGGCCGAGGCGGAAAGCUACCGCGUGCAGACGAUCGCCGAGGGUAAGCGCACGCAAACGGUCGAAACGGCACGUGCGGAAGCUGAGCGCAUCAAGAAGAUCGGUUCGGCGGAAGCGUACGCCAUCGAGCAGGUCGGAAAAGCGGAAGCGGAGCGGAUGCGCAUGAAGGCGAACGUGUACAAGAUGUACGGCGAUGCGGCCAUCAUGAAUAUCGUGCUCGAAUCACUGCCUAAGAUUGCGGCGGAAGUUGCGGCUCCGUUGGCAAAGACCGAAGAGAUUGUACUGAUCGGUGGAAACGAUCAAACGACGGGCGAUGUGACGCGUCUCGUCGGACAGCUGCCUCCAGCCAUCAAUGCCCUGACCGGUGUCGAUCUUUCGAAGGUGCUGGGAAAGAUCCCCGGCGCAAAAGCAUAAUCGAACGACGGACGACGAACGAUGAUGACGACUUCCGCAUAAUGUGGUGUACGAUGCCACAAACGCACCACACAACAGACACAUGAUCGACAGAAAACAUCAUAAGUACACUGCUAGCAAAACUACACAGUCCAGACGGAAUGAUCCAGACGGGAAAGAUUCUUUAAUUCGAAAGAAUACAAUCUUUAGUUUCGGUACCGUAAACCACACGCAACAACAAAAAUCGACCGACCAACCAAUCUAAAAAGAGCAAAGGAAAAACGGCAAAAUUGAUAGAUAUUUGAAUGAUAUUCUCCUUUGAUAUGAUAAACACAGCACAACGUUUGCUGUCAAUUUACUCUGCAUAGUGUUACUUUUGUUUUUGCUUCAGUUUAUGGUUGCGGGUUAUUUGUUUUUCUAUUUUCGUUUUGCUUUGUUCUGUUAUUUAGCUUAUAUUGAUCUACUUGUUUAAAAAUCUGACCAUUUACGGGAAAGUGGAAAAUAGUGUUCUAUGUUCAUCGAGAUACAUUCUUCUUCAACGACAUUCGUAGCCAGGCGGUGGUUGUACACUAAAAUGUUGCUUUUUUAAAUAUUUUAGUGUUACAACUGCAUUGGCAAUACUUUCUUCUUCCUUUUCUACUUCCUUGGCAAUAAUUUUACACACAGCGCGAUUUUAACAACUCCUUACUGCAGGAGCUAUAAUAGUCUAGAUCCGUUGCUAUAAAAGUCUCGACCAUCUGGUUCUCUGGACCGGUUCAAUACUCCUCUAAUACCUCAUCAUCGUACAGUAAAAGAAGCACAUUAUUCCACCAUCCUUCCUAGCACAUUGUUUCAGAAUUGUUUUGCAAGUAGUUUUUCCCUUAUUACAUUAUUUUUCCACUGCGUUAUAUUUGCAGCCGGGCAUUAUAGCACCCAGUUCUGUUAGCUUAGGUUUUGCUCGGAUAUGGGUAUUUUUUUUAUUAUUAACACUACGUUACACGUCACAUUUAUUCGAUUAUAUUCGUAAUAAGAAAGAGAUUUCGCUACUAACAACGCUGGCGCCGUUCCUCGUUUAUGAUCGUCACCUGGGAAAGCUCCCACAACCGAAACCAGUACUUUCCACCAAGAAUACUACAUCCUAAUCUCAUUUUUUUGGGGCCUUUAUAACGGAUGUUUUAAAGCAACCCACACACGAAAACACCAACAAGCUCCUUCACGAAACAAAAAAAAAACGCGACAAAAAUGGCGAACGUUCGAAUGACGUACGACUCGCAAACAUAACACGGAAUGAUGGGCGUGGAGUUUUAGAUCAAAAUUAAAAUCGAAAGAGAAGCGCAAAUCCCCUUUUUUUGUAGUACCAUUUUGAAAUUCUCUUUAGGGUACCAUUUUUAGGCAAAUUCCUGUUUUCGGUUUACUAGCGGCAUUUUUUAUAACACGCAAUUAACGGUUCGUAAAUUAAUCUCCUUUCUCUCGGCUUUGGUGCAGCUAAGGCGGGAAAGUAUAGUAUAUCGAACAACAAAAACGAAACUCGAUUAAUCGCCAUUUGGAACGAUCGUAGAUGUUAGUACGAUUGAACGUAAAGUUUCGGACAAACUUAGGGCCAUUUCAAAUUCUAACCGCUUGCCCAAACCCUGUUGCCUAUCGAUGUCUAAGUUGCUUUAAAUGGUGGUACCUCGGUAGUGAAGCAGGGGUAGAUAUAAAAUCAUAUUUACUAGCAAAAUCCGUCACUAUCGUACCCGUUCUAUUAUCCUGCCUGCCCUAUACAAAAAAGGACACAACACACACACACUACUUACAUCUGUAUAAAUCCAUCCGUAGUCACGUGCAAAUAAGUAAACGAAAAAACACAACCACAAACACUUACCAAAACAAAAAUCUAACCUCGAUUUCGAAAAAUGUAUAAUAUAGCUAAAGCAACCAACAAACAAACGAUUAUUAAAACAAAACAAAAAAACAAGAAAAUCCCAUUUUUCUUCUUCCACCAUUUGCCACAGCCAGCAAGCAUCAUUAUGCGCGCUUCGUAAGAUGUCUCCUUAAAAAAUCAAAAUUAAAAACAUAAAAACCUCCAUUUUGGGGGGAAAAUUAGAGAAAAACAAGCUCACCCUACAAACCUUCCUGCCCUACGUUUGUGUGUGUGUGCGUCGCGCUUGGUUCACUUUCUCAUUCCUUACAGACGACGAAGCAAAACAAAAUAUAUAUAAAUAAAUAAAACGUUUGAUGAUCUAGUGAAGCGUCACGCAACAGAGCGACAAACAAAACAGUCGUAGAUUAAAUCCAUAGGAAACAAAACAGAGAAGGAAGAGAGAAUCGUAUAGCAAAAAAAAGAGAAAAUAAAAAAUAGCACUUGAACAAACCAUAAAACAAGAACAAAGGAAAACUCACAAAAGGAGAAGAAAAAGUAGUUCAAAGAAGGAGUAGAAGAAGAAGAAAACAAAAGGAAACAAACAAAGUAGCAGCUAACACGUAGGAAGAACACAAACACGAGAGGAAGUAACAAAGCGGAAAAAUUACACAGAAAAAAAGAAAGAAAAUCAGAACAAAAAGUGUAUAUUUUUUAUACUCCUUAUAUAAAACGAUGGACGUGUUUAUUGAGAAGCGGUGGUGUAGACCGGCGGUGCAAACAAAAUACACAGGCGCAAACCAACACAACACAACACAAAAGAGGAACAAAACCAAACCUAACAAGACAACAAAACAACAACAAUAUAGAACACAGCCAGCAGUGCACCAAGUGUAGUUGAAAGAUGAUAGAUAUGAUUUUUGUAGUUGUUUAGGUCGAACAGAAUACAACAAACAAAUUCAUACAGUGCUGCAGGAGAGAGAUAGAGAGAGAGAGAGAGAAAUUACAGAAGAACGUAGCAUAGCAAUCACCGAGAACUAUUUAAUGUGUUGCUAAGAGUAAUGAAAAGUACGAAAACUACACACAGAAAAACAAUGGAAAUUUAAUUUUUCUUUGCUUUCAACAUGCUUUGCAAGCACAUUAGCGCGCACAUUUGAAGGGCCCCAGUAGCAACUCUCUUGUGCCGAAUUAUUUUCUAUUCGAUUCUAUACAAACCAAGACGCAACCGAAUGACGGUUUUGUGUGUGUGUGUGUUCUCCCCUACGAUUGCAUUUAACGAGCCUGACCAGCCAAAGCUCAGUCUUAGAUAUCAAUAGGUCGAUCCAUCAAUUUCUGUCACCUGCAGUACUACCCUCCCGGGUGUUACUCAGCUACUUGUUUUCCUAACAACAAAAAAGUGAAACUGAAGUGCUUGUGAAAAACAAAAAUCAAGUGUGUAGUGUUGUAGGAGAGCAAAACUCGAAACGGUUACCACAACACGAGAGAAGGAAAAUAACAACAUGAGCAGAAAGUAACAAGUGAUGAAAAAAGAGAUGGGAAACCAAACUAAAAAAAAGGGGAAAGCUUUGAAGGAGUUCCCUUUAACCUGAAACAACAUAAAAACGUCAUCAAACACGGUUCAAACAACAUAUACAAAUGAGCGAUACAACAGUACCCAGGCGUAAUAUUCGCAAAACAAAUGACGGCAUUAUGAAGCACUUUUAACAGAAAGUGCAAAAUAAAAGCUAACAACAGAAGAAAAGAAAAGCGUGCUAAAACCGAAAUGUUCUAACACAAUUUAUAUUAUUUUCACUUUAAAUCUUGUAUUGUACUCUAGCACACGGAAGGGCACCAGAAGAAGCGAAAGUGUUACAUUUGGGCGUAAUUUAAACAAGCGAAAGCAGCAGAAAACGGAAAACGAGCACAUCACCACUACCAACAAUUCUUCUACACGUUCAUGAGAAAAAUGUUGUAUAUCAUGUGUUUGAUAUAAAAAAAUGAUGAUUUGCGCGUCAUUUAACGAAUGUGUGCUAUAAAAUGUUUAACUUUACCACAAACCGUUACGAAUACCCGACGCCAUUUUGGCGAUGACGGAUGCGCUACAGAUCAAACGAACGAAAUCUAUUUUCUUCCUUCUUUUUUAAUAGUUUGUGUCCUCUUUCAUAAACACUCAAAAUGUCGGUUAAAAUGGAUUAAUGUAUGCUAACAAAUUAUGAUGAUCGACACAGUACGUCGCGUUGUCUUACCGGUGUGAAAUCAAUGUAAACCUGUAUUGCUGCACACAAGCUACACAAAAACGCCUUUCGAUAGGUUAACAAAUGCAAAUGGAGACAGAGCAAAAGGAUAAAACAUUAAACAAAAAAAAAAGUGCACGUACUAGAACAAAUUUCGACGAAAAAAAACCGGCACCUCGUGCGUGCGUACAAAAGGAGUGCCCACACAAAGAAGUUAUAAGUGUACAUGUGUGUAAACCCCGGAAACGGAUCUACCUUUUCCCCCUCAUUCGAAUGAUUCACAUCACGUCCAUAAACAAAACACACAGACACACUAUCUCUUUAGGCUAGCAAAGAAAGCUCCCGUCUCACAUUAGUAAUCUCGAACUAGAGUGUCAUGUAAUUAACGCUUGGAGAGGAGACACACGACGCGCGACGGGCACAGAGAAUUUGUGUGUCUUUGUUAUGCACCACUUUCUGCGAUUUUCUGUGACCAUCACAUCUUAACCGGAAACACACACAGUUUGUUGAUUCAUUCUAAUUUAAGCGCGUGGAAAAUGUGCACGCAGCGCAAUAACCACGAACAAAACCAACCAACCAACUAACCAACAACCAACGUUUAGCCGACAAGUGUAUAUGAUGAUGACGAGCGACGAUGAUGAUCAUGUUUCUGAUUUCAAUAAAGUAUAACUGAAGCGAUCAAUAAAUGUAAAACGUAA